CAUUUCUGUGUAUUUCGCAUAUCUAUCAAUCUUAUCUAUCAUUAUUCGAAAUAAGAAUGAUAUUUAUAUCGAUCUUAUUGUUGCUUAUUUGUCAAGAAAGCAAAAAUAUUGAUAAUCCAUCAAAAACAAUAUUCUGGGGACCAGGAUUGAAACCGGAUAAAAUAACAAUGCGAGCAAGAUAUAUUUUUUUACAAUUUGUCGAUUUAAAAGGAAAAAAUUUAACAGAAUCACCUGGAAAAGAUAUAAUAUCUGUUUUUAUACAAGGCCAAACUUCAAUAGGAUAUACAUGUCAUGUAUGGACACAAAUUUUAGAUUGUAAAGAUGGAAGUUUUAUUGUUAGAUAUAAAUUACAUAAUACAUGCUUCAAUUUAAAAUUAAAAAUAAAAAUGAAACAUAAUAAUUUAUCUAUUUUAUCAAUAGAAUUUAAAGGGCCUAUUUAUGAAGAAGAAUGUUAUUGUCCAAAUCCUUCUAUUAAUAAUUGGUUAAAUGAUUUAGGCUGUUUAAAGAAUUACAAACAAAUACAUAAUGAUCUUAUUUCUUUCACAAAUGUAAAUUUUGAUAAAAUACGUAAAAGUAUUAUAAAAGCAUAUGAUCGACCAGGAAGUGUUAGUUUAUGUCACUAUAUAAUUCAAUCUAACAGAAUUUUUAGGGAAUGUUAUGGUCGAUAUGUAGGCUUCAAAAUAUUUAUGGAUUCUAUUCUUUUAUCUAUUACUCGUAAAGUUUUAUUGCCAGACAUUGAAUUCUUUGUAAAUUUGGGAGAUUGGCCACUUGUUCCAAAAGAGGGUAAAAAUUAUCCUAUAUUUUCUUGGUGUGGUUCUUUUGAUACAAAAGACAUUGUUAUGCCAACCUAUGAUAUCACAGAAUCAUCAUUGGAAGCAAUGGAAAGAGUAAUGUUAGAUAUGUUAUCUGUACAAGGUAGUACAGAUACACCAUGGAAAGAAAAAAUAGAGAAAGUAUUUUGGCGCGGUCGAGAUUCCCGCAGAGAACGACUUGAUUUAAUUGAUAUUUCGAGAAAAUAUCCUGAUUUGUUUAAUGUUUCAAUUACUAAUUUCUUCUUCUUUAAAGAUGAAAAGGAUAAAUAUGGUCCUGGCCAAAGUCAUGUAUCUUUCUUUAAUUUUUUUAAAUACAAGUAUCAAUUAAAUAUAGAUGGUACAGUAGCAGCAUAUCGAUUUCCAUACUUACUUGCUGGAGAUUCUUUAGUAUUAAAACAAGAUUCAAAAUACUAUGAAUUUUUUUACAAUGAUCUUAUACCUGGAAAACAUUAUAUAUCUGUUAAAAGUGAUUUAUCAAAUCUUAUUGAAAGAAUUAUGUGGGCUAAAGAACAUGACCAAGAAGCAUUACAAAUUGUUAAAUCUGCUAGAAAAUUUGCAAGAGAUAAUUUAUUGCCACACAAUGUAUUAUGCUAUCAUGUGGCUUUGUUUCAUGAAUGGAGUAAACGCUUAAAGAGUAAAAUUGAAGUUUUACAUAACAUGGAAGAAGUGCUGCAACCGAAACAUUCUUGUAAAUGUUACAACGCCGAUGUUACAAAAAUUAAAGAGGAAUUAUAAUAUGUUAAUUCAAUGCUUAAUAAUAUAAUUUAUAUUUUAUAUUCGAUUUUAUGUGAAUAAUUACUUCAUAUUUUUGUAAGCUUUUUGUAAAUAUAACAGUAUAGACAAAUAUUUGCAAUAAAUAAAAGAGAAAAAAUAAAU